AAAUGGAGAGGAUAGAUAGCUUCGAGGGAAAACUAUUUUACAAAAUUUACAUGCUUUGUAAGAAAAAUCAGAUAAAUGAAGAAUAAAAAGGAAAAUUAAAAGGUAUCUGCUAUAAUUGAAUUAGACCUGGUAAUAUAAAAAGAUGAAAGAAUUGAAAUCGCAAUGAAUCAAUUUCUUGAAGAUAGAAAUGAAUUUCGACUCCUAGAAAAUUUUCAUAAUUAUUCUGGCGAGGAUUAUUCUCCAAAAAGCGUCAAGAAUUUUUCAGAUGAUGUCUCAAAUGGGAGUCAUAGCAAAUUUAAAGGUAAAAGACCUGCUAAAAUGCUAUUGCCGAAAAAGACAUUUAUGAUCAAUUUAAGAAAGUAUGAUGUCAAAAAUUAUAUAAAAGAGAUACAGGCAUCACUACUAGUUCCAAGGGCUUUCUUUUAAGCAGUGCUAGAUCAAGUGAUAAUCGAAUUGCUCUCGCCUUCAAUGAACGAUUUUCAUAAUAGAACUGGAGCGAAUGUGAGUGA